UACUGUAAAUGCGCGUGAAAACGGUCGUUGAAAUCGAAAUAGCGCCUAGUUUGUUGAUUAUAAAAGGGGCUCUGUUGCUACAUUAGCUGCAAAGUGACGUCCCUGUUGUUUUUGUGCGAGUCAAGUAGUAAGGCUAAGGUAUCAGUGCGCAUGUGGCUCCAUUCAUAACAAGGUCUCACCAUGUGGAGGUACUUAAGGUCGGUGUUAUGGAAAGCAAAGCUCAUCCGCGGCGUUUUCAAUACAGCUCAGUCAGUCAAUACUGACAAAUUCAUUUCAAAUGGACCCUGUAGCAGUGUUUCAGGGAAUAAAUGGGUGAGACCCAGCGGGUUUGCCACGGGUUUAAAGACUUUCAACAGCCUGACCAAACAAAAGGAGCCUCUCAUUCUGAAAAGAGAGAGAGUAGCUACCUGGUAUAGCUGUGGACCCACCGUAUACGACCAUGCCCACCUGGGUCAUGCAUGCUCAUAUGUCAGGUUUGAUAUCCUGCAGAGGAUUUUGUCCAGGUUGUUUGGAAUCACUGUCAUCCAUGCCAUGGUCAUCACUGACAUUGAUGACAAAAUUAUCAAAAGAAGUUGGGAGGAAAAUGUUUCCCCAACCACCAUAGCCACAGUGUAUGAGGAUGAAUUCAAGAGGGAUAUGCUGUCAUUAAAGGUGAUUCCUCCUGCAGUGUAUUUAAGAGUCACUGAAAAUGUGCAUCAUAUUGUCGCGUUUAUUGAGGGGAUCAUCAAAAAUGGACACGCUUAUGCCACAAAAGAAGGUGAUGUGUAUUUUGACAUCCAGUCCAUUGGUGAUCGUUAUGGCAAAUUUGUAGGAGCUGUGGAUUCUCAGGGAGAACCUGGCAGCACAAAUAAACGAGACUCAAGGGAUUUUGCUCUUUGGAAGCAGUCCAAACCUCAGGAACCAUACUGGGAAUCUCCAUGGGGCAGAGGAAGACCUGGCUGGCAUAUUGAAUGCUCUACCAUCGCUAGCUCAGUGUUUGGGAGUCAGCUAGAUAUCCACUCUGGAGGUAUUGACUUGGCCUUUCCUCACCAUGAGAAUGAGGUUGCUCAGAGUGAAGCUUAUCACCAGUGUGGACAAUGGGCAAACUACUUCCUCCACUCAGGACACUUACACCUAAAAGGCAGUGCAGAGAAAAUGUCUAAAUCUUUAAAGAACUAUGUCACCAUCAAGGAUUUCUUGCAGUCUUACUCUGCCAGUGAAUUUAGGAUGUUUUGUCUUUUGACCAAAUACAGAUCAGCUAUAGACUACAGUGAAAGCAGCAUGUUGGAGGCUCGGACCUCUCUGGGCACCAUCUCCACCUUCAUCCACGAUGCUAAGGCCUACAUGAAGGGUCAGCUGCAGUGUACACCUGUACAGGAAGCUGUUCUCUGGGAGAGAUUGGCUGAGACUAAAUACAGUGUGGUGAACGCACUGGCAGAUGACUUUGAUACCCCAAGAGCCAUUAGUGCUGUGAUGAAUCUGGUUUAUCAUGGAAACUGCCAACUUCAGCCUGUUUCUAAGUCUGACGGAGUGGCUCGGAGCCCUGCAGUGUUCGGAGCGAUGGUCAGUUACAUCAGAGAUGUCUUGGAUGUGUUUGGGAUUGAUCUGCUGCACAUUAAGGAGGCUGAUGUGAUCAGUAGUUGUGGAAGUCUGGAGGGCAUCGUGGAGAAGCUGACUCAUUUCAGAAGUGAAGUUCGAGCAUUCGCACUUGCUCGUCAGGAUGGUCCAAUCGCUGGAUCCCCCAACAAACUUGGACUUUACCCAGAGAGAAUCCCUCUCCUCAAAGCUUGUGACAUCCUCAGAAGUGACCUGGCACCCUUGGGUGUGCUGAUUAAGGAUAGAGGAGCCACCUCCACAUGGGAGCUAACUCAGGGAAAACCGAGUCAGAGAGGACAGGAUAAAGAUCAGGAGACAUCCAGUUGAAAUACAUCUGCCUCUAAGACUGACUCUUUGUUUUACGCUUGUGGAUUCAAUUUAACUUCAUCAACAGAAAGACAAGAGACCAAACCAUACUGAUUUUAUAACAACAAAGGCUAACUUAUGGUUAAAUGCCUCAUGUGCCUGUUAUCAGUGUAUGAACUCUUAUAUGUAUUGCUUCAUAAGUCAGAAAGUAGAUUAUAACAUCUGUCUAUUUAACCGGUUUAAUACAUUUAUGUUUAUUAGUUUUUAUGGUGCAGAUGUUAGUAUGCAUGAUACAAGUGAGUAGAACACAGAAGGCACAAUGUGUGUUGUCCUCUACUCUUUAAAUAGUAGUCCCACAUCAGGUCCUGUGCUGAUCCUACAGGACUAUAAUGCUACUACCCAUUUAAAGUGUAUUCAUGGAGCAGUUAUGACAUUUGGGGAAAUAUUACCCACAGUCAGAUUAGACAUCGGUCUGAUAUUUCUUUACACUCAGUACAGCAAAGUAAUUUGUGCUACAUAUAAAUCCUUGCAAAAAUGA